AUGGAAAGCGCUUGGGAUUCGUUUGCAGUUGAAUUAAUAGAAAAACAUCAGGUGAUAAAGUAUCUUCCCCGUCAAUUUAACAACGAGAUUGAUGUUAUCAAACGUUUAGCAGCCGUCCCUGACCUCUGUGAAUCGUUCCGUUCCUGGCUGUUAGCGCUACCGAAUGUGCGCCCAGAUGGGUCGGCAAAGUCCAAUCAAUUCCGUGAACGGGGUAACGAUAUUUUCAAAAGCAAACAGAACAACCAUCUCGCACUGGAAGCGUACAGUAAAGCGAUAUUUGCUGCUCCCAAGGGAUCCGAAGCGCUAGCGUUGGGUCAUGCGAAUCGGGCUGUGCUUUUGAACCGUUUCGGUCGCUACCAGGAAGCCUUCGACGAUUGUCAUCUGGCACUGGCCGGUGGUUAUCCGGAGGCGAGUCGGUUGAAGAUUUUCUUCCGACAGGCCGAGUGUGCCCAAAAGCUGCGUGACCCUCAGAUGCUGCGGGCUGUGAUAAGGGAUAUUGAAGAGGUUUCUGUCACGCGGCCAUUAUCCGGGGCGGAGAAGGUGAAGCUUUCCCAAUGGCAAGAGGCGCUGGAGUCGAUGGACCCAAGUUCUUUCGAUGGUAGUGAAUCUCUUUUCAAGAAAAGUGACGAUCUUCCAACACUGAAGGAGAAAAUCGGAACCAUCACCGGACGUUACGUAGUAACAGUGGGGGAAAUCAAAGACAACGGAAUCAUUGCCCGAGAGAGUGCCGUUUCAUUUGUUCCGGUGUACGAUAGUUUAUCCAGAUCAACUUUACCCUCGUUCGAUUGCCAGAAAUGUGCCAAAGUGAACGUCAUUCCGUUUCCAUGUGCAACCUGCGGACGGGCUUGCUACUGUAGUUCAAAGUGCCGUCAGCAGCAUGAAGCUUUGCACCGGUUCGAGUGCUUUGGUUAUCGGAAACACCUCUGGCACCUUAUCGGAAUUGCCCAUUUGGGAAUUCGCAGUUUUCUCGAUGGAUUUGGCACAAUACUUUGUGAAAUACGCACGAGAAGGAAUAGUGCCGAAGCGUGGUUUCAAGAGCUCGCCAGGGAAUGUGAGGGAAAUCGAUUCGCCGAGUAUGGUAGAGUCUUUCGUUUGGUGACCAACUUCGAUCAAAUGAAAAGGGACGAUCUUCUGCACUAUUCAAUGGCUGCUUUGAUGCUAGCAAUUUAUCUGCGCGAAUGUACCGCGUUCUUUCCGGAAAGGUGCUCACCCUUUACGUCCAUGAAGCAGUCGGAACUGUUUGUGCUUUCCGGAUCACUGAUCUUGCGCCACAUUGGUCAACUGGUUUGCAAUGGCCACGCAAUCAGUGAGCUUCGCGCAGCGCUACCAUCCGCUGGCGAUUGUCUCGAGGAAGAGGGCUUCCACUUGAAACCUGGAAUGUUGCAUCGAUAUUUUACUAGUUCACGCGUUUUCACCGGAAUCUUUCCCCGCAUCAGUAUGUUUAACCACUCGUGUGAUCCAAAUAUUAGAAAUUCCUUCGAAGGAUCUCGGCUCACGGUGUACGCUACGCGACCCAUUGAUGCUGGCGAGGAAAUAUUUAACUGUUACGGUCCCAACUACAAACUAAUGCGGUCUUGCGAUCGAUACACGCAUUUGCGGCAACAGUAUUGUUUCGUUUGUAACUGUAGCCGUUGCACAGCUGGUGAUGAUGACUUCUACCGAGAAGUUUACCAUCGACUGGCUUGUCCUGGCUGUGGUAAAUGUUUUGUAAUGGAGCUUGUUCCGGAGCACCUCACCGGAGGGUUUUCUUGCCAGGUUUGUGGGAACAAAAUCAGUUGCUCGUGGAAUGCGACGAUCGUUGGAAUCGUAGAAAGCGACGAACCGUAUUCGAAGUCACUACUUCAGCAAUGCUUAAGUGCGUACGAGGAAUGUGCUCGGCUACUGAUUGGAAAUAAUCAAACAAAGCUCGACAUAUUGCACGGUAUUUUCGACCGGUUUCUACCGUUCGCCGGAUUGGAUGAGUUUUGUUUGGAUUCACUGAAAAAGUUGGCCAUCGAGUUCGUGUCGAUCCGUAGGCAUCAGUUUGGCCGAAUAAGCCUAGAGUACAUUGUGGGCUGUUUUUUUCUCAUCGAUCUACUUGCAAUUGAACAUUGCUCCAGCGGGGGAUUCACCGUGGUAAAGGAUCGUGCGAUUUGCCAAAUGAUGACCGAUUUUCGUGAAGCACUGAGUAUCGUAGGCAUCGAAAAUCGUACGUUUAUUCUGAGAUACCUGGAAAAAUAUGUUAAACCAUCGUCCGAAGUCAACGUGUAA